CUGAUCCGCCGUUUCGACCUGGGUCCUGGUUUCGACUUCGUAUCGACGUUCAAUUACUUCCGCCUCCCAUUCUAGGUCUGCACAGGGCUCGGAACGCUUUUAUCUAGCUGUCUUGAGACUGGUCUCUCUCGUCUUUCUCUCUCGUCGCCUGCAAGUCGCCCAAGUGCCACCCAGUCUGCCCAUCGAUUCGCGUCGCCAUGUCGUUCUUCAAUUCCAUUGGGCGGUCCAUGAACCAAUCACUGCCUGGCACACCGACCUCACCUGGGGUUGCUAAGCCUCUCUACCUUUGUAGCCCGUUCGUUGAGGCCGCCCUCGUCAAGGGAAACUUCAAGCAUAUUGUUAUGCUGCCAAAGUACGCCGACGUCAUGGAAUGGGUUGCCGUUAACAUCUUCGACUUCUACCAGAACCUCAACUCGUUCUACGGUGUACUUGCAGAGUGCUGCACGCAACAGUCGUGCCCUUCGAUGUCCGCUAGUCCAAACUUGAAUUACACAUGGAUCAACCAGGAUCGGAAAAGCGUCCAGCUACCUGCGCCAACAUACAUUGAUUAUGUCAUGACAUGGGCACAGAACCUUCUGGACGAUGAGACUGUAUUCCCCACCAAGUCCGGGCGCGAAUUUUCCCAGACUUUUCCCUCUACCGUGAAGCACGUCUACAGACAGCUGCUUCGUGUCUUCGCGCAUCUGUACCACGCGCACUACCCACAGAUCCUCCACCUCCGGAGCGAGCCCCACUUCAACUCGCUCUUCGCGCACUUCCUCGCUUUCGGCAAGGAGUACGAGCUCUUGGACAUCAAAGACGUGAAGGGCCAGCCUGGGGUCCCGGUAGGUAUCGGCGCACUCUGGGAGCGCUGGAGGGAGAUGGGUAUCCUCGACUCGUAAGGACCGCUGCCGCGACGGAGGAUAAGCUCCAAACUCCAGGUGAUCUUACGGAACGGUCACACUGGGAACGACGGCUCUAGGAUGGGACGGUGCACGCGAGGCGACGGGUUCGUCAUAUACCACGUGGAUAUAUCGCAGGUUUUCUGCUUCGCCUUCGGAAUGUGUACGUUAGGCCCAGUUGACGAUGCAUAGACUAUUUCGCUUUC